ACCCGGAAGUACUUUUUUUGUGUUGUUGACGAGACGUUGAUGUAAGGAACACAUUUCUCCGCUCAUCUUUGAAGCGACACAAUGUCUAUUAAAUUGAAUGCACUAUUCAGCGACUCCUACGUUGAUGUAAGCCAAUACAGAGACCAACAUUUUAAGGGAAAUCGAUAUGAGCAAGAGAAACUGCUGAAGCAGGCUAACACACUCUACGUGGGUAACCUGUCCUUUUACACCACAGAGGAACAAGUGUACGAGCUCUUCUCCAAGAGCGGGGACGUGAAGAGAAUAAUCAUCGGCCUGGAUAAGGUGAAGAAGACGGCGUGCGGCUUCUGCUUCGUCGAAUACUACACGCGUACAGAUGCUGAAAAUGCUAUGAGGUUUGUCAACGGGACACGUCUGGAUGACCGCAUCAUCAGAACUGACUGGGACGCUGGUUUUAAAGAAGGCAGGCAGUACGGUCGUGGCAAGUCCGGUGGUCAGGUCAGAGACGAAUACAGACAAGAUUAUGACCCAGCUCGGGGGGGCUAUGGGAAAGUUGUCUCACGGCCAUAAAACAUGUCCUAUGCUGUUUCAUUGGGUAGGGCUAUGGGGAAACUAGUGUCACGAGCCUGAGUCAACAUGUUACUGCUGUUUCUUUGCCCGUUUCCAGGUAAGAGAUGAAUAUAGACAAGAUUAUGACCCUGCUCGAGGUGGAUGUGGGAAAUUAGCUCAGCUGCAGAAACCUCCCGAGGGACAGAACAGUUUAGUUUGGGUUCCAAGCAGACGUCUGCCAGGGUUUUCUAAUGACUCGUUUAUUUAGAAGUCUUCUGUGAAGCAUUUUUCAGUUAACCAUAGUUCCAACAGUCAUUAUGACCAGUGUGACACACCUUUACAAAUGUAAUUGUCUCCCAAACUGUAUACUUUCAAAAAAAUAAAAUCUUAACGUUC